AAUCAGUUAAAAAUAGAGAAUAAUUAAGAACCGUUUAAAAAGCGAAUGUGCCUCAAUUUCAGUUUCAGCAUUACCAUUUCUUUCUUUUUCCAUGACUUUCCUCUUAUCAAGAACAUUUAUUUCUCUCACUCUCAGACCUUCUUGUUCGAUUUCCAUGGCGAAUUUAACGACGAGCGCUAAAGCUCGCCUGAGAGGCGUUGUAUUCGAUAUGGACGGAACCCUAACUGUUCCGGUCAUCGAUUUCGCCGCAAUGUAUAGAGCUGUUCUUGGUGAAGAUGCCUACAAGCGAAUCAAAGCAGAGAGUCCUAGUGGGAUUGAUAUUCUGCAUCAUAUAGAGUCGUGGAGCCCUGAUAAACAGCAGAGAGCGUAUGACAUCAUUGCUGAUUAUGAGAAACAGGGAAUAGAUAAGCUCCAAAUCAUGCCUGGUGCUGCUCAACUAUGUGGCUUUCUUGAUUCCAAAAAGAUCAAGAGAGGGCUAAUUACACGCAAUGUUCAGAAGGCAAUCGACAUCUUCCACCAACGUUUUGAGGUUAUCUUUUCACCAGCACUAGGUAGAGAGUUUCGUCCAUAUAAACCAAACCCAGACCCGCUGUUGCAUAUAUGUUCUACAUGGGACAUCCAACCUAAUGAAGUUAUGAUGGUUGGUGACAGCUUAAAAGAUGAUAUAGCAUGUGGGAAACGAGCUGGAGCCUUCACUUGCUUGCUAGAUGAAACCGGAAGGUAUGGACCAGACGAUUUUUCUGUUUCUGGUCUGCAACCUGAUUUUAAGGUUGAUUCCUUGUCCAAAAUUCAGAUCCUAUUGGAGACGAAUUUCGACCUGAACCCAUAGUUUUUCCAAGUUCCUCAUCAUGUAGUUUCAGUGACCAAAAAUAGUUUCCUACUGAACACAGUAUCUGUUCAGGAUAGCCAUAAAUGUCAAACAACAUAAUUCUAUUCACUGGCUAUCUUAAGUUGCACAAUUGUGUUCCUGCACUGUCGUCUAACGAACAUCUGUGUGGGGGCAAACAUUGUUGUUUGUUAAAUCCAAAAUUUCAAUUUGUUUUAUAUCA